AUGACUGACACCAAGAUGGAUGUCGACAGCCCCGCUGCUGCUAUCGAGCAGCUGAAGGAGGCGAACGGAGAGAUCGAUGAAUCGCUAUACAGCAGACAGCUCUACGUGCUGGGCCACGAGGCCAUGAAGCGCAUGGGCUCAUCCAACAUUCUGGUUGUUGGUCUGCGCGGUCUGGGUGUCGAAGUGGCAAAGAACAUUGCUCUUGCCGGUGUCAAGAGCUUGACACUAUACGACCCCAAGCCCGCUCAGAUCCAGGACCUGUCGUCACAGUUCUUCCUCCACCCCGAAGACGUCGGCAAGCCGCGUGCUCAAGUUACCGUUCCUCGUGUCUCGGAACUCAACCCCUACACUCCCGUAAACCUCCUCAAAUCGACCUCCAUCACCGACGACCUUAGCCAACUCCGGGACUUCCAAUGCGUUGUCCUCACCGACACCCCGCUCAAGGACCAGCUCCUCAUCUCAGACUACUGCCACCAAAAUGGCAUCUACCUUGUCAUCGCCGACACUUUCGGUCUUUUUGGUACCAUCUUCGCCGACUUCGGCAAGAACUUCACCGUCGGCGACUACAACGGAGAGAACCCCGUCAGCGGCAUCGUUGCCAACAUCGACUCUGAAGGCAUCGUUUCCGCUCUGGAUGAGACAAGACAUGGUCUCGAAGACGGCGACUUUGUUACCUUCUCAGAGGUCCAAGGUAUGGAUGCUCUCAACGACUCUGCCCCUCGCAAGAUUACCGUCAAGGGUCCCUACACCUUCUCUAUCGGCGACGUCUCUGGUCUUGGUGACUACAAGCGUGGAGGUCUCUAUACCCAAGUCAAGAUGCCCAAGUUCCUGGACUUUGAGCCUCUGAGCCAACAACUAAAGAAGCCCGAGCUCAUGAUGUCUGACUUCGCCAAAUUCGACCGCCCCGCCCAGCUCCACGUUGGUUUCCAGGCCCUUCACGCUUUCAACGAUAAGCAUGGCCACUUCCCCAAGCCCCACAACGAGCAGGAUGCUGCUGAGCUUCUCAAGCUUGCGCAAGAGUUGGCUGGUUCGGGCGAGGAGAAGGUGGAGUUGGAUGAGAAGGUUCUUCGUGAGUUGUCAUACCAGGCACAGGGUGAUCUCAGUCCCAUGGCCGCUUUCUUCGGUGGUCUUGCCGCUCAAGAGGUCCUCAAGUCUGUCUCUGGAAAGUUUCACCCCAUAGUCCAGUGGCUCUACUUCGAUGCUCUAGAAGCUGUUCCCACAUCAGUCCAGCGUUCGGAGGAACUCUGCAAGCCUACUGGUACCCGUUACGAUGGUCAGAUCGCCGUCUUCGGUAAGGAGUUCCAGGAGAAGCUCGCCAACAACAAGCAAUUCCUGGUUGGUGCAGGAGCCAUUGGCUGUGAGAUGCUGAAGAACUGGGCCAUGGUUGGUCUUGCAACUGGUCCUCAGGGUAAGAUUACUGUUACGGAUAUGGACCAGAUCGAGCGCAGCAACUUGAACAGACAGUUCCUCUUCAGAACAAAGGACGUUGGUCAGCUCAAGAGUGAAUCUGCCACCCGUGCUGUCGAAGCCAUGAACCCCGAUCUCAAGGGCAAGAUUGAAUCUAUGAAGGACCGUGUUGGUCAGGAUACUGAGCACCUCUUCAACGAGGACUUCUGGAACAGCCUUGAUGGUGUGACCAAUGCCCUCGACAACGUCGAUGCCCGUACCUAUGUUGAUCGCAGAUGUGUCUUCUUCCAAAAGCCCCUGCUGGACAGUGGCACCCUGGGCACCAAGGGCAAUACCCAGGUUGUUCUUCCCAGAAUUACCGAGUCAUACUCCAGUUCGCAAGAUCCUCCUGAGCAAUCCUUCCCCAUGUGUACUCUGCGCAGUUUCCCUAAUCGCAUUGAGCACACUAUCGCUUGGGCCAAGGAUCUCUUCCACACUUACUUCGCCGGACCAGCCGAGAUCGUCAACGCAUACAUCACCCAACCCGACUACCUUGGUGCCGCACUCAAGCAGUCCGGCAAUGAGAAGCAGACUCUCGAGACUUUGAAGGAAUUCUUGGUCACUGACAAGCCUGAAUCCUACGAGGACUGCCUCAAAUGGGCCAGAUCUCAGUUUGAGAAGCAGUACAACAACGCUAUCCAGCAGCUUCUGUACAACUUUCCCAAAGACUCCAAGACUUCUAGUGGUCAGCCAUUCUGGUCUGGUCCCAAGCGUGCACCAGAGCCUUUGACCUACGACCCCAACAACGACACUCACUUCACCUUCAUUCUUGCCGCCGCUAACCUCCACGCCUUCAACUACGGCAUUCCUCAGAAGGGACGCAAGGACAAGAGCGAAGUCGACGAGCUUGUCAACAACAUCAUCAUCGAGGACUUCAAGCCUGAUCCCGGUGUCAAGAUCCAGGCCAGUGAGAACGAGCCUGACCCGAACGGUCCAGCCGCGUCCAUGGAUGACAACGAUGAGCUUGACAAUAUCGCCAAAUCAUUGCCCUCGCCUAAGACUUUGGGCAACUUCAAGCUGAUUCCUGUUGAGUUCGAGAAGGAUGAUGACUCUAACUUCCACAUCGACUUCAUCACCGCUGCCAGCAAUCUGCGCGCUGACAACUACAGCAUCGUCAACGCCGAUCGUCUGAAGACCAAGUUCAUUGCAGGCAAGAUCAUUCCUGCCAUCGCGACCACUACUGCUUUGGUCACUGGUCUUGUUGUACUUGAGUUGUUCAAGAUCAUUGAUGGCAAGGACGACAUUGAGCAGUACAAGAACGGCUUCAUCAACUUGGCCUUGCCCUUCUUCGGUUUCUCCGAGCCCAUCGCUUCGCCAAAGGGCAAGUACCAGGGCAAGAAUGGCGAGGUCGUCAUUGACAAGCUCUGGGACCGCUUCGACACCGAGGACGUUACCUUGGAGCAGUUCCUCAAAGACUUCUCUGACAAGGGUCUGGAAAUCACCAUGAUCAGUUCCGGUGUCAGUCUGCUGUACGCCAGCUUCUACCCUGCGGCCAAGAACAAGGACAGGCUGCCCCUGAAGUUGAGCGAACUCGUCGAGACGAUUAGCAAGAAGCCCAUUCCAGAGCACCAGAAGAACGUCAUCUUCGAGAUCACUGCUGAGGAUACUACGGAGGAUGACGUUGAAAUUCCCUAUGUCAGAUUGGUGCUUAGAAAGUAG